GUGGCAUGCCUUUCGCGCCCGCUUAAUGUGACACAACCAUUUAGUGCGCGGACGUCUCGAUGCCCUGCAAAUCCGUAGGCGAAUGCUGGGAUUAUCGUUCUGCCUCACUUACGGAGUACAUUUAAAAGAUAUCGGCAGUCCUUCACCUUGAACGAGGUCUCUUUGAGUCCUUUCCUAGAACGCACAUGUGUCUGCUAUUGAGGUCCAUUGACAACUCGGGGCGAGGGACAAUCUCAACUACCAAGGUUGUUUGCGUAACACCAGCAUCAAGCCAUAAUUCCUGUUGAAUUCACAUCUCCUUGACUUCCGGUUCUUCUGGCCCUCGGACAACCUCGCCUCGAAGCUCCACGGUUUCCACCUUGCAGAAGGACCUCUUCACAAUCUACAAAGUCCACAGUAGAGCCUUGGCAGAUGAUUUAUCCAUCUCAGCAUACAACGCCCUCAACAACAUCCAGGACAUCCAGAUCUCCCGUCGCAACCGUUCCUAUGUCAUGGUUUAGACGGAAAUCAGGCUUGCCAGAAGUCACUCAGCCGCCAGGACCGAAUGACCCUAUUUCGGCGUCGCCAAAUAAAUCACCGAACAACAAAAGUCCCAGGUACGCCUUCAUGGUUCGCGGUCUGCCCGACCUCAACACUGUCUAAUUGUGAUGUUGGUGCAUAGGCUUGAGGGUAAUUUCCAGGUCCAGGGAAGGCAGCAGCAACCGCAACAACAACGGCGGCCUUGGAGUGACUCGUUAGCCCAUGACUCUUCACAGCAGAGACCACUGCAGUCGCAGCCGUCAAAUGCGAGGGAGGAGCCCAGUAGUGAAUUCAAUCAAUUGACCCUGGCGGAUCAAUAUCGAACCAGCAAUCAGAUUUCGGACUCUAUGAGGCGAUCCAAACGCCCCGCCGUUGACCAGGACUCCUGUUAUCCAAACAAAAAAGACGAUCGCGGCUCCGGCUCACCCUUCUCAGUCCGACACGAACAGGCCCUGUCUCAUGCAACCUCACCCCCACCUGCUCUCACGCGGACACCAACCCCAUCGCAAGGCUAUCGAUCUACCCAGAGAACCCCAUUAUCUUCUCCCAAAUUGCCCCCACCGGCUCCUGCCUCGGGUCCAAGGCCACACUCCCGUCAGCCAUCCCACCUCCAUUCCGGUGGCCUACCACAGGAUGGUCCGUUGGAAGGAGACACCAAGAUGCUACUGCAACCUGAAACAAGGCCUAUCUCACAGGAACAACUCGUCAACGAAGUGAAAGGAAUUUACGCUGGCCUCGUUAUGGUCGAGAAGAAGUGUGUCGAGAUCUGCCAGCAGCAGUCCCAGACUACAAACAAGCUCUCCAAUGAGCAGUGGCAGGCAUUGAUUGCCUUACACCGGACCCUGUUGCACGAGCAUCAUGAUUUCUUCUUGGCCAGUCAACAUCCCACAGCGUCACCAGCGCUUCGACGGCUACCAACAAAGUAUGCCAUGCCCGCCCGGAUGUGGAGACAUGGGAUUCACUCUUUCCUUGAGUUACUCCGCCAUCGACUGCCGUUCUCACUGGAGCAUAUGCUCAGCUUCGUUUAUCUUGCUUAUCAAAUGAUGGGUCUGUUGAUGGAAUCAGUGCCUGCCUUUCAUGAAACAUGGAUAGAAUGCCUAGGAGACCUGGCUCGAUACCGGAUGGCCAUCGAAGAAUCCGAUAUGCGGGACCGGGAGAACUGGUCUAAUGUUGCCCGGAUGUGGUAUAAUCGUGCUGCCGAUCGCUCGGCUACGACCGGUCGUAUACAGCAUCACUUGGCCGUUUUAGCGAGACCGAAUGUGGUUCGUCAGCUAUUUUAUUAUUCCAAGGCACUCAUUAGCGGUAUCCCAUUUGUGAACGCUCGGGACUCAAUCAUGCUCUUAUUCUCUCCUUUCCUCGAUAAGUAUGAGACAACAAGUCAGAAGUACCUCAAGGUAGAAACUAGCCUGGUCACCGCGGCAGGCGUCCUCUUCACUCGUGGAUUUGUCCAUGAUUAUUGUUUACACAUCAGUCGAUUUGCAUCCGAGUUAGACGGCACUAUCAACAGGACAGGAUCGAACUUCAAGAUUCAAGGAGCAGAAAUGGCAUCGUCCCUUAUUGCCAUGAUCCUCGACUUCGGAUCCGACGAGAAUUUCCUGUGGAAAGCCCUUUGUGCUGACUCAGAGAACAACAAGCAAAGGCAAAUGGAAGGACAAUCGGACCAGCCCUCCGGCACAAACCCCUCUGAGGAUCCUGUGGCCAAAUCUCAAAUGCGCCGCAAAUUCUGGGAACAAAAAGACCCUAUCAAUUUACAAGACUUUGUCCAGGCUACCGCGCCACUUGGUGACAGACCGGGGGUCAAAUUCUCUUCUUCAGACGAAGUAACGUCAUACGUUCUGCCUGUCUGGUACCAAUGCAUCUCUAUCGUUGCCGCCAAAGUCGGAGACAGGAACAUCCUCCCGUUCCUGCACUUCACUCUGUCAUUUCUAUGGGGUCUAUCGGAUGUUCCAGAAGCCCUCAUCUACCUCGAAAACUACGUUCCAUGGGACAAAUUGGUUUUAUCGUUGAACUCGAUGAGUAGGUCUGGUGUGGUUGACAAUGAAGUUGAGGCCCCAGGUUUUCCUCAACAACAGUCAGGUACAGGUCGUCAAUUACCAGAGGACUUCUUGAUGCGGGGGUUCAAAUGGUCUCAUUGCCACUAUUAUGACCCGGAGUUUUUCGAGGGACAAGUGACGGACGAGGAUGACCGUACACUGGAGCUUCCAAGUCAUGCAGCACCACGUGCAGAGAGGUGUCUCUGGCUUGGUGUGAGGCUUGCUUCGUUGAAACGCUAUAUCACUUAUGACAGCAGCUCGAAACAGUUCUCUUGCACGGAAUUCACGCAAGCUUUGCCACCUGUUUCUCUUACCAAUACGUUCCAGGUCCCUGCCAGUCUUGAGAAUGGAGAAGAUACUUCCAUGAUAGACGUGGUAUGAGAUCCCUGUCCGAUGGUGGACGCUAUAUACGUUAACUGAGUAUCCACAUGAUCGAUAUUUCGGCUAUCAAUGACCUCAGGGACGGAGCACAUCCAAGUCGACCAAGGAUAGGAAGGAGCGCAGUAUUGCAGUACCGGGAAACACAUGACAUGGUCAACGCUUCAUUCGACAGCCCUUCAUGUUAAAUAUUUCUCUCGGUUCAACCCGUCAGAUAUUUCUUCAUUCGCAUGAUGAUAUGUUUCUGACGAGUAGAGCACAAGCGCACAAUCAGUACAUCAACUGUACGUCGUAAGAUGCGACGGAGGUGCUAGUCAGAUAGGUCCUGCACAACUAUGAUGGACAGUGAUUGCCGAAAGGGUGACCAAUGCUGCAGACCUUUAUUCCAGGAAAGCAGAGAUUUUUGAAGACCGAUCUGUAGGUACAUCUAUCUGCGUGGUGGGUGGCUAUCGUUGAAAAGGAUAUGAUAGCCAGUAAGGGGAUAAUGGAGAUUGGAGACCAUCGGCUAACGAAGACGAACAGUCGGGUAUUUUUAUUUGCACACACGAUAUUCUAUCUUUGACAAAAGCAACGGGUGAUCCAGAGUAAUUCUGUCGAGCUAUUGUACGGCUUUGGUGCUGCAUCUUGUAGAGUGCAUGCAUCUUGUCUAGAAGAAUAAUUCUUAAUCGACAUAGAACAUUGUGUGCUAAGAGUUAACUUCUGGAAUUCUUGAAGCAGUUGCUGUGAAUGUGCUAUUUUUCCGUUCGAUGAUUGCUAUUUCAUAAAGCCAGUUUCCUUUUUUUUUGUGGCACUAGGUGGCCCUUGAAUGAGGUUACUCUGCAUGAUCUGCACAUCUACAUCAAAUUCACCGGCACAAGGCUAAAGGUCGAAAGGAGUUUCUUCUUUCAGGUACGAAUUUGUUUUGUUAAAAGUCUGCUUACCAUCACGGAAGAAUCGUCAUGGUAUUCGGAACUGUAGUAUCGAAACAGGUUUGGGAUGAUUGACCAACAUCUUCC